UCGCUCCGAGCCAAGAUGGCGGCUGCAAAGCCAACCCCCACGGACUCGCUCUCGUUCUGCCUCUCGCAGCUCACGGCGGCGGCCGAGGAGGGUCUAGACGGAACAAAGGACACGGCUACCAACGAGACACCCCUGGGUCGUGCGCUCUUAGCGCUCCGCACGCGCCACGUCAAGGCAGCUGCGGGAAUCGAGCGCUUCCGGGCACGCGGCGGGCUCCGCCCCCUCCUUGCGCUGCUACGGCGAGCGGCGGCGGCGGGCCCCGCCCCGUCCCAGGCAAGCUCUGGCUCCGCCCCCUCAACGGGUUCUCCUGGGCCCGCCCCCCCUUCGGACCCCGCCUCCGCAGCCUCGUCCUCCACGUCCUCGCCGCCAGUGCGCCUGCGCAAGACUCUGGACUUGGCGCUCAGCAUCCUGGCGAACUGCUGUACGGAAGGGGCGAGCCGGGCCGAAGUGCGCAAACUCGGAGGCAUUCUCUCCUUGGUGACCAUUCUUCAGUGUGUGAAGACAGACAGCAUCCAGAACCGGACAGCCCGUGCACUGGGGAACUUGGCCAUGGAUCCCGAGAGCUGCCAGGACAUCCACUCCGCUGGUGGGGUCCCCCUGCUCCUUGAGAGCCUGGCCGCCUGCAAGGACUCCAAGUGUCUGCAGAGUGUGGUGCGUGCGCUCCGCAACCUGGCCGACAGCCCCCAGCACCGCCUGUCCCUGGCCCAGCAGGGAGCGGUCCGACCCCUGGCUGAGCUCCUGGCCACCACCCCCGACCUCACGCUGACUUCCGCCCUGGUCCGUGCCCUCCUGGAGCUGAGCCGAGGCUGCUCCCGGACCUGUGCUGAGCAACUGAGCCUGGGUGGUGGGCUGGGCCCUCUGGUCAGCCUGGCCUCUCACCCCAAACGGGCCGUGCGUGAGGCCACCAUCCUGACUCUGGCCAACCUGUGUGCCCAAGGCCUGGUCCGGCCCGCGCUGGGCAACGCCGGGGGUGUGGAGGUGCUGCUCGGAGAGCUCCGGCGGCGCCGGGGCCCCAGUGGGGCCAGCCCAGCCUCCCAGCAGCCCCUGGUGCGGGCCAUCUGCCUGCUCUGCAGGGAGGCCAUCAACCGGGCCCGGCUGCGGGACGCUGGUGGCUUGGAGCUGCUGAUGGGCCUGCUCCGUGACUCCCGGGCUCAAGCCUGGCACCCGCGUGUGGUAGUCGCCCUCGUGGGCUUCCUCUACGAUACAGGGGCCCUGGGCCGGCUGCAGGCCCUGGGGCUUGUACCACUCCUGGCUGGACAGCUGUGCGGAGAGGCCGGAGACGAGGAAGAAGAAGGAAGGGAAGCUGCUUCUUGGGACUUCCCUGAGGAGCGGACCCCUGAGCGGGUAGAGGCUGGAAGCUUCCGGAGCCUCAAGUCGUGGCUCAUCUCCGAGGGCUAUGCCGCCGGCCCUGGAGACAUCUCCCCGGAUUGGUCCCCUGAGCACUGCCCGCUGCCAGAGCCCUCAGAGCCGUCCAGCCCUGCCACAAGUGGUCCCCCCUCGCUGCAGACCCCACGCAAGCUGUGCACCCCAAGACGCAGCACAGCCACCCCCACUGAGGAGCCUUGGGGCCGGGAAGGGCCAGCCCUGCUGCUCCUGUCACGCUUCUCCCAGGCGCCUGACCCGAGCGGGGCCCUGGUGACCGGGCCGGCGCUGCGUGGCCUGCUGGCCUACGUGACUGGGGCACCUGGCCCACCAAACCCUCGCGCGCUCCGCAUCCUGGCACGCCUCACCUGCAACCCGGCCUGCCUGGAGGCCUUCGUGCGCAGCUAUGGAGCAGCGCUGCUACGGGCCUGGCUGGUGCUCGGUGUCGCUCCUGACGACUGGCCCACACCGCGGGCCCGCCCGGCCCCCCGCUGCAACCAACACCGAGAAUUGGGGGAGCUGCUGCUGCAGAACCUGACCGUGCAAGCUGAGUCCCCCUUCGGGGUGGGCGCACUCACCCAUCUGCUGCUCUCCGGGACCCCAGAGGACCGUGUGGCCUGUGCGCUGACCCUGCCCUUCAUCUGCCGGAAGCCCUCUCUGUGGCGCCGGCUCCUUCUGGACCAGGGUGGCCUCCGGCUCCUCCUUGGGGCGCUAACCCUGCCAGCCCCGAACCCGCUCUUCUUCGUCUUCGUUGCCGACUCCCUCUCCUGCCUCCGCAGCCUGGUGUCACCCACCGAGAGCCCAGCCCUCCCGCUCACAUCCCCCUGGGACCUGGACCUGCCCACCCCUUGCCACUAUGAGCCUCUGCUAGGCUCCACCCCAGCCCCAGGCCCCGCCCCUGACUUGCACUUCCUACUGGACUCGGGCCUUCGGCUCCCAGCCCAGCGGGCCACAUCAGCUACCGCAUCCCCGUUCUUCCGGGCCCUGCUCGCUGGCAGCUUCGCUGAAGCCCAGCUGGACCUGGUUCCCCUCCGGGGGCUGUCCCCCAGUGCGGCCUGGCCCGUCCUGCAUCAUCUGCACGGCUGCCGGGGUUGUGGGGCUGCUCGGGGGCCUGUGCCACCACCAGGCCAGCCCUUGCUUGGCUCCGGGGCCGAAGAGGCCCUGGAGGCUGCUGGCCGUUUCCUGCUGCCUGGCCUGGAGGAGGAGCUGGAAGAGGCUGUGGGCCGGGUCCACCUGGGGCCCCAGGGUGGCCCAGAGUCCGUGGGGGAAGUAUUCCGCCUGGGCCGGCCCCGGCUGGCUGCCCACUGUGCCCACUGGACUCUGGAGCCAGGACGGUGCCCGCGGAAACGGGCCCUGGCCCUGAUGGAGCUUGUGGGGGCAGCGGGUGAAGAGGCUGGGCUACUGACUGAAGCCUUGUUGGCUGUGGUGAUGGGUGCAGAGGCAGGGGGCAAAGGUCCUGGUGCAGACUGUUGAUGUUCCCUGGGAGGGGACCCACAGACAGAGCAGCUGUGGGGAGUCCUCCCUCCGAGUGGUGACAGGGAAGGGUUCACAACCAGGUAAGCUGGGCAGCUUGAACGGGAGCAGAUGCUGGGAUGCAAAGUCCCAGGAAUGAGAAGCGAGGCCAGGGCCUGGUCAUGGGGCCCGAGAGAUGGCGAGUGGCCAAGCUAACUCUGCAGGUGAGAUUAGAAGGUCCUAGAGUCGGACACCCCAUCAUGUUAGUGUCUCUGCUUGCUGCCCUGUAGGAGCCCUCCUCCCCUUCACCGGCAAGCCACAGCCAGCCGUGGUCUCUGUGGCUGAACAGAGUCCACACCUGGCAUGUAAGGAGCCUUUUAAGUCAUCACGCAUUGGUCCCUGGAGCCCCGGGAUAGCAUAGAGUUCCCAGGCUUCUCCCUAGGAUAGGGCCUGCUUCCUGCUCCCGGGGCAGCAUUGCUCAGACAGCACCCCAGAGGGCCCACAGCUGAGAUGGUCCUGCCGAGUGGAUAGCGGAAGUGGAGAUCUGUGUCAGAGAAUUUGGUGCCAGGCUUGUUUUGGCUGUCCUUUGUCUAUCUUGGGCUUUUGUCUUUAGGGCUGCUCUCAUCUCUGGGGCCCAGUGUCCUGGCAUCUGCUGUGUUCCUGGUGGUUCCGAGAGCCCUGCCGAGAUCAUGCCCAGAGAGAGCCAAAGCUCUGGGCGGGUUAUUCAGAUGAGGGAGGACUCCCUGCUUUGGUCUCCAGGGUAGGGUCUCCAUCAUCUGGUUCUCAGGUCCCCCAGCCGCCUGGGUGGCAGUCUGAUGUUCCACAGCAUGACUGGGGAACGAAGGUUGGCACUCGCUUUCUCUGCGUAUUUAUUUGUGCAGGCCUCUGGCUUUCAAGGCUGCGCACUGGAACCACCCAGAGAGCCUUCAAAAACUCCAAAUGCAAAAAAACCCUAAAUACACCUAACAACAAAAAGACAAACCCAGACAUGAACUGGGCCAAGGACUUGAAGGCCAGCUCCGCAAAGCACAUGUGCAGACGGCCUAUCAGGAAGAUGCCAGUCCCAGACCCCAAGGAUGGCCACGAUUCAAAACCCAGCCCGAUCCAGAUAAGAACAGUUGGCAAGGACGUGGGGAAAGGGGCGGGGCCGGGGGAAAGGCAAAAUGGAACUGCUGUUGAAAAGGGUGCGGUGGUUCCUCAAAACAACCACAACAAACACUAAAGAUGAACCGUGUGUUGUUCAGGGCUGUCGAGUCCGUUCCCACUCCCAGUGCCCCGAUGUGCGGCAGACAGACUCCGGUCAGUCCACAGAAACCCGCUGGCGCUGGCACAGUGUCAACCUAUCUCAUUGAGCGACUUCCCCUUUCCUUGCUGACCCGCUACCAAACCUGAUGUUUUCCAUGGACUGGUUCCUCCUGCAGCCCCCGCAGCUUCACUCCUAGCUGUCAACCCAGCAGGCUCGAGAGGAGACCCCAAAGGAGACGGGCACACACCAGUGUCCGUGGCAGCCCUCUUCACAACAGACCAAGGUGGAAGCAGCCCCGUGUCACCGACGGAAGCAUGGGUCAACACAACGUGGUACAACCAAACUAGGAAAUGCUAGGCACUGAGUGUUGAAUGCAUGCUGCAACGUGGGUCUCGCUUGAAGCCAUGAUGCUGAAUGAAAUCCGUCAAACCCACAGGACAAAUAUGACCUCCUGGAGAAAGAACAGACCACUGUGUACAGAGACCAGAGUUUCUUAGUGAUUACCAGUGGGAAGGGAGAAGGGUGACUCAUCUUUUUAGGAAUCCUGAAGUUCCAUUGACAGGGAUUGGAAAAAGUCUCACUGUGCAACACUGCUUUUCCAUAAGCUGUGCGCCUGGGAAAGUUGAAUGGGCCAGUCGUGCACCGUAGGUGUAUUUCCAGCAGUGACCCAAAGGAGACCCCACCACGGCCGCUUAUGUCCAACCUCAUAGGAUGUGGUUUCUUGGCUGGAGGUUUGGGGCCAUGGAUCAUGGGACAUCCCAGCAACUUGGCCUCAUGACAAGCUUAGUGCUUCCGUCUACUAGUUCACUGUGUCCUGCGUAGGAUCUUCCAGAGCUUGGCAUAGGAGGAGGAAGUGGGAUGUGUUGGUAAUGACCUCCCUGGAUAACAAGAAGGCCUCCAUUGCUAUGAGAUGGAGAACUAGAUGGUGACCAGCGGCCACGGCCAAAUGUUUUGAUGAGUCCUGAUCAACGGGGGCGUUCAGAAGAACGGCACAUUCUCAAGAUGUCCUUGACCCUCCAGGCUAGAUGUGCUCUUCCAACUCCUAAGGUCCUGUUUAAACCUUAAACCAAAAAUAUCUUCAGAAGUCUUCCAAAAACUAAACAUAGACUGUUUGCCUUGAGCAGUGUCCUCUCUCAGACCUUUCUAUGGAUCUAGGAUCCGAGCGACAACUGAAGAGAUGAAGCAGGGACCUAGGGGGCAGCAAGUUUUCCAUGAACGGGAAAGAUAACCCAAGGGGGGACAGGGACGGCUACGCAGCUGGAAAGAUGUAAUCUCGGUGUCGCAGAAAUGUCCAUGUAGUAACAUGAACUGGUAUAUGAUCUGCCAUGAAUAUUCUCAAUAACAAAAAUAAACUGCAUCUAUACA